AUCGGUAUGGAAGCCUGGCACUAUUGAUGGUUCACCAGGCUACAGAAAAGCAGGGAUUUGGAAUCGUUUUCAAAAUUUUCGAAAAUGUGGUGGAAGGUUUUGUUUGGUAAAACUACUAAAAAGAGGAGCUAUACAUGAAAGAG